GGGGCGGGGCGGGCGGUGAUGCCCUUGUUUAUUUUUACUCGGGCGGUUCAUCCUCCUCGGCAGCCCCAGCGCGGCCCCCGCCGCCGCUCCCCGCCCCAGCUCCGACGGCGGCGCCGCCUAUAAAGCGCCGCCCGCGGGGAGCCGAGGAUGCAGCUCUACAGCUCCGUGAUCACCCACUACCCCGCGGCCGCGACCGCAGCAGCCGCCGCGGCCUCGCCGAGCUCCGCCGCCGUCUUCAAGGUCUCCUUGUCGCCGGGACCCUCCGCCGCGGAGGCACCGAGCGCCGCCGACGCCGCGGGCCCGAACGCGGCCGCCGAGAGCUCCGGCAAGGACAGCUUCGUUCCCGCGGGGGGCAGCAGCAGCGCCGCCGCCAUGCCCGCCUUCUCGUCCUGCUUGGAGGUGAUGCCGAGCGGCCCCGCGGCGGGCCCGGCCGGGCGGCCGGCGGCCGGCCCGCAGUUCAGCUCCUGCGCGCAGGUCACCGUCAGCCGGCGGCGGCCGCUGGAGCGCAUCGUGCCCAUCCGCAUCGUGCAGCGCGCCGAGGCCGCCGCGGAGCUGGUGCCGGGCUCGCCGCGCAGCCGCGCCUGGCUGGAGGGCAUCCUGGAGAGCGUGCGGCAGGCCGGGGGCGACGGCGAGGCCGCCGCCGAGGAGCCCAGCAACCGCAGCCUGCGGCUCAGCGAGCACUGCCAGGCGCUGCAGGCGGCGGCCGCCGGCGCCCAGCCCGGGCUGGUCCCCGGCUGCGGCCCCGCGGAGCGCAGCGCGGCCCCCGCGCAGCCCGGCGGGCCCGCGCACGGCCAGGAGGAGGAGGAGGAGGCGGCGGGGCCCGACGGGCGGCGGGGGCCCGGCGGCAGAGCGGAGCGCAGCGAGAAGCUGGCGCUGUACCUGGCCGAGGUGGAGAAGCAGGACAAGUACCUGCGGCAGAAGGGCAGGUUCCGCUUCCACAUCAUCCCCGACGGGAACUGCCUGUACCGCGCCGUCUGCAAGGCGGUGUACGGGGACCAGCGGCUGCACGGCGAGCUCCGCGAGCAGACCGUGCACUACAUCGCCGACCACCUGGACCACUUCAACCCCAUCAUCGAGGGCGACGUGGGAGAGUUCCUCAUCGGCGCCGCGCAGGACGGGGCCUGGGCCGGCUACCCGGAGCUGCUGGCCAUGGGGCAGAUGCUGAACGUGAACAUCCACCUCACCACGGGCGGGCGGCCCGAGAGCCCCACCGUGUCCACCAUGGUUCACUACCUGGGGCCCGAGGACCCGACGCGGCCCAGCAUCUGGCUGAGCUGGCUUAGCAACGGGCACUACGAUGCCGUGCUGGACCGCGUGUGCCCCAACCCCGAGUACGAGGCGUGGUGCAGACAGACUCAGGUACAGCGCAGGCGGGAUGAGGAGCUGGCCAAGUCCAUGGCCGUGUCCUUGUCCAAGAUGUACAUUGAGCAGAAUGCCUGCUCAUGAGACCGCCGGGCCGCAGGCUGGGAGCUUUGCUGCGGGGACUGACAGAGAGAAGGUGUGCUGGCUGUGAUGGUGAUGCCUUAAUCCUUAAUGAAGCAGCAGCACCCCAGACUGAGAAGGACUGUAGGUCGUGGGGGAUGAAUACAGACGUAUUUGUAAUACUCUGUUGUAAAAACUUAGCCUCGGGUUAUUUGCAAGCAGAUUUCUCUGUGUAUGUUUGUGUCUCUCCUCCCCACUGUCUAUUUUCUAUAAGAAUGUAUUUUUUGCACACUAUUUUUAAACUGUUACCUCCAUCUUCUACAUCUUACAUUAGUAUCUGGCUUUCAGCUGUACAGCCAAAAACGUUUGUAAACAGUUUUUGUAAAUAAGGCUUAUGAUGUAACAGCUAUUUUUUGCUGUGUUUUUUACCCAUAAACCUUAUAUUUUUACCAAAUGAAGUUGAUGUCAAACUGACCCCCCUAGUUGAUGAAAAAUAUUGUGGGUAUUUUCUUGCAAAAUUAAAAUAAUGGCUUUUGUAAAAGUGCAGCAAAGUGAGAACAGACUGCUUUUAGGAACAGUUGCUUUCUCUGCCUGGAGCACAGAACAGGUCCUUUGAGCCAUUUGGAAUGCAGCUACACGUGAACAGUGCAGGGAGCAAUUGACUCUUCUGUUUUUAAUUACUGUUUUGAGUAAACUGGCCUCUUGUUGCCUGGUUGGCUCACCCUCUGCUCCAUUUAUAUUAUUUAUCUAUAAUAACAGAACAUUAACUUGCAAUAGAAUGUUGUGACUAGAUAAUAGUCUCCUGCUUUGGCAGCAAUUGCCUUGGCUGCACCUCAGUGUUUGUGUUCUUGUUUCUGGGGUUAUGGUGUCUUUCGUAUAAGCCCUGCUUCUUUUUUGGCACUGGUGUUUCACCAACAAAGCAUUAUCUGAUCACAACAUUUUAUUCACAUGACUUUAUUUUCUAAUCAAGAAAUCAGGAAUGGUGUUCUACAUUAUGGUUUAAAAGAAAAAAAAUACUUAAACUGAGGUUUGUAUGGUUUGCUGGGUCAAACAUUUAAAUGUUUCCAAUCUGGAUUCUGUCUCUUCUACUUUCUGAUUAACUUGUUAGAUAUAUUUAUUAAGUAAUGCAGUUUGUACUUUUUUAUUUUGUAAUAUAUUGUGAUUUUGGAAUUUAUACUGUAUUUGUAUAAUAGGAACAUUCACAGCUAAAAUGGAAUGAAUAAAGAAUAUAAUUUUA